AUGGCAGAGGGGAAGCCACGAUUCCUGAAGGAGGAGGACACUUCAGAUGUCUUCGACCGGUUGCCGCAGUGCCCUGCCAGCUGUCGCUCACACACCGACCCGCACCAGGGGCGGCCGCCGCCCUCCUGCCGCCAUCGGAGGCGGGACCCGCGUCACCGCCCGGCGCGCAGGCGCGCCCGGACCGCUGGGGGCGGGGCUUCUGAGCGCAGGCGCUCAGGUCCGCCAUGUUUCAUCCUGGCGCCGCCGUCUACUUCCGGCGCCACUUCCGGUUGGGUGGCCGGUGGCCGUGAGGCUCCCCGUGUGGCGAUGAAGCCCCCAGUGAGAGCCCGCGCGGCCCCUCAGCGUUACGGUGUGGAGGGGGACCAUCCAGGCGAGGAGGUGCCGUGCGGGAUCGAGGAGUGGAGCAGCCGGGAACGGCGGCUGGUGCUGAGGGCGCUGCGUCGGCAGAGCACGGCCAGGGAGCUGGACCUGUUGCCUAUCGAGCUGGCGGUGCCCAGCCGCAGUCCGCAGGAGGUCGCUGCCUACAUCAGGAGACUAAGGGAGAGGGCGACCCGCAGCGCCAUCCAGAAGGCCAACAACCGGCGGCUGCAGGAACGGAGGCGCAGACAGCAGCAACUGCGGGCUCCGCUGCAGAUCUGGUCGGAAUUGGCAGAAGCAGUGACGGGCACACUGGACGAGGUGAUCUCCACUGCGGUCUCUCAGACACUAAUGAUUGCAGCCACGGAGCCGGUGUGCAGGCAGCACUCGGUAAAACUGACCCCUCCCUGUGGUGAGAAGCCGACAGCCGAGAGUGCCAGAGACCAGGCCGGUGGUCCCCACCUCCAACACCCUCCCAGGGAAGAGGCGGCUGGGAGCGAGCAGUCCGACGGGUCCGCAGACCCAGACAACCCAUCCCUGGAGGUGGACUUCGCCAGGAUCUACCGCUUACUGUCGGCGGCCAUGAGGGGGGCGGCCCUCCCACAGCUGGCACCCCUGGAGUGUGCCGUGCUCCUGGACCUGCUGCUGUCUCUGCCGGGGCAGCUGAAGCAACUGUCCCACCGGGAGCUGGGAGCCCACCUGGACCAGGCCUACAGCCGCCUUCACCGGACCACCCGCUGCCGCCAGGACCCCCCUCAGGGGCAGGCACCCACUCCGGGAGUACCGGCUGCCGCCCCUGACCCUCCCCGCUGGGCCGAGAGCGGUCCGGGACCCCCCGUUGCCCCGGAGACAGGCCUGCUGGGGACCCAGGAGGCCGAGGCCUGGCCCCUCAACCCCUUCGGGAUUCCCCUGGAGCUGCUGAUCCCGGCAUCUGCCUUGGACUCCCUCCACCCCUCCCUCGACCCCACCUCUCCCUGCCCCUAAACCGCAGAGUUGAACCUUGACCUUGGGCCAGGAGCCCAGCUCUGACCUCUGAUCCUGCUUCCAGAGUCAGGAAGCGUCAAUGGCGGGUGGAAGGUUUAAUGGUUCCCCCCUGAUCGGGGGAUUUAUACCCCCGCACCGAGGGAGGGGUUUAUCCCCCCCAUACCGAGGGAGGGGUUUAUUUUCUGCCCCCCGCCGCCCCCGGGAGGGUGUGAUGCAUUCACCUGUGUUUCUCUGGUUUACUGUUCUGUGCCCUGUAUGUGCUGGGGGCGGGUGGUGGGG